ACCCCAGUCAGCCGCAUGGCUUCCCUGUGCCCUAGCCCCUGGCUCCCUCUGUUAAUCCCAGCCCCUACUGUGCAACUCCUGCUGUUAGUUCUGCUCCUAGUGCCUGCCCAUCCCCAGGGCCUGUCUUGGAUGCAGGGAGAUCACUCCUUGGGAGGAGGUUCAUCUGGGGAAGAGGAUCCACUGAGCGAGGAGGAUCUACCCAGUGAAGAGGAUCCACCUGGAGAGGCGGAGCCACCUGGCGAGGCAGAUCCACCUGAAAUUAAUUCUAAGUCAGGAGAGGACUCCCUGAAGUUAGAGGAUCUACUCACUCCUGAGGCUCCCAGGAAUACUCAAGGCCCCCAUAGGGAUAAAAAAGGGGGUGACCACAUUCACUGGCGCUACGGAGGCAGCCCGUCCUGGCCCCAGGUGGCUCCAGCCUGCGCUGGCCGCUUUCAGUCCCCUGUUGACAUCCGCCCCGAGCUCACCUCGUUCUGCCGCGCCCUGCCACCCCUGGAACUGCUGGGCUUUGAGCUCCAGCCACGCCCGGAACUCAGCCUGCGCAACAAUGGCCACACCUUGCAGCUGUCUCUGCCACCAGGGCUAACGAUGACCCUGGGCCCCGGACAGGAGUACAGGGCCCUGCAGUUGCAUCUGCACUGGGGCGGUUCGGAUCGCCCAGGCUCCGAGCACACGGUUAAUGGCCACCGCUUCCCUGCUGAGAUCCACGUGGUUCACCUCAGCACCGCAUUCUCCGAGUUUAGGGAGGCCCUGGGGCGCCCAGGAGGCCUGGCAGUGUUGGCAGCCUUCUUGCAGGAGGGCCCAGAAGAAAACGGCGCCUAUGAGCAGUUGCUGUCACAUUUGGAAGAAAUCGCUGAUGAAGACUCAGAGAUUGGGGUCCCAGGACUGGAUGUAUCUGCACUGCUGCCCUCUGAUCUCAGUCGCUACUUCCGAUACGAGGGGUCUCUGACCACACCCCCCUGUGCCCAGGGGGUCAUCUGGACUGUGUUCAACCAGACAGUGAAGCUGAGUGCCAAGCAGCUCCACACCCUCUCCGAUUCCCUGUGGGGAUCUCGUGACUCUCGGCUGCAGCUGAACUUCCGAGCCACGCAGCCUUUGAAUGGGCGAGUGAUCGAGGCCUCCUUCCCCACUGCAGUGGAUGGCAGCCCUGAGCCAGUCCACUUGAAUUCCUGCCUUGCUGCUGGUGACAUCCUGGCCCUGGUUUUUGGCCUCCUCUUUGCUGCUACCAGCAUUGCCUUCCUUGUGCAGAUGAGAAGGCAGCACAGACACAGAAGUGGAACCAAAGAGGGCAUUAGCUACAGCCCAGCAGAGAUGGCAGAGACUGGAGCCUAGAGGCCCUGAACUGUGAGAAUGUGCAGAGAAACCAGCUAGAGGGCUCUGAAGGCAUCUGGAAACCUUGUCCUGUCCUGCCCAUUACACAGCUCCUUUUUAACCUCCAAAUACGUUUUUUCUUCUUUUUUUUUUUUUCUUAAACAACCACAAUAUAGGAUCUUGUAGUAGGAAAGUAAGAUUGGACUUAACUCUCAGAUUAUUAAUUUUUUUUGAGACAGUCUCUCUAUAUAGUCCAGGCUGGCCUGGAACUCACUAUGUAGCCAGGCUGGUCUUGAACUCACUAUCCUCUUGCCUCAGCCUCCGAAGCGCUGGAAUUAUAGGGGUGUAUCAUCACAGCGGAUCUCUCAGAUUAUUUUUAAAAUAAACAUUUCUAAUAAAAUAUGUGUAAUUUGCCUCUGUUCCUCAGAUCAGAAGGAUAGUGUAUUAAUUUCCUAUUGCUGCUGUAAUAAACUACCACAAACUCAUUGGUUAUUGGAUUCUUACAGUUCUAGAAGCCAGAAGUCCAAAACAUACUAAAGUCCAGGUGUCAGUGGGACUGGUUCCUUCUGUACUUUCCCCCUUGCCUUUUUCAGAUUCUAGAAGCCACCUGCAUUCCUUGCUCAGUGCCUCUUCCUCACAUUACUCAAAUCUCUUGCUUCCAUUGUUACAUCUCCUAUUGCCUUUGACCUUCUUUCCUCCCUUUUGUAAGUUAUACAUUACAAACAGUUAACCUGGAAUAAUCUUCCCAUCUCAAAUCCUUUGCUCAGUCCCAAAGUCCUCUUCCUAUGUAAGAUAACAUUUUCCAGGAUUGAAAUGUGGACCAUUUUGGGGGAGGGGUGUUAUUCUCCCUACCACAGAUGUUAUCCAGAAAGGGGGCAGGUAUGACUGGAAUUGCUGGAAUGGCUGUAUGUGUUUGUGUAUGUGUUGGGAGGUGGUGUAGGCUGCAGCUGCUAGACUUAAAAUCACAUUGAGGCUUUUAAGCUUUUAACCUGUUGGAGGAAAAAUUGUCUCCUUGCAGUUUUACCUUUAUAAUGUCUUUCCUGGCCCAGUUGCUUGUUGGAAUAGGGCAGCGCCUCAGAUGGCAGUUCCCCAGCCCUGUCAGGUUCCUCUGCUUCACACAGCCUGGUCAACCUCCUCUCACUGCACCCAGCACCCCGGCCCCGUAGCUCUCACUGAAAGGAAGGUCCUAUUGCCGAGCAAGGACAAAGGCCCUGCUCAUUCUAGGGUCCUUCUAAUUUUACUGCCAACCAAAGAAAGGCUUAAAGGGCCCUGGGAUGCUGGUAACAUCAAUUUUAUUGGGUUGAGGUGGCAACUGUAGCCUAGGUGGGUGUAGAGCCCUCACAGGUUGUUGAGUUCCAGCAGAGUCUGGUCCAGGGUCUGGUGAAUCUCCACGUUCUCUUCCUUGGCACUGGCCAAGGUCUCUGUGAGGGGAAGCAACAAGUAAGGAAGGGGUGGGGAAACAGUAGGAAGGAACAUGGAGCAGACAUGGACAGAGGAAGGUGACACAGACAUGGAGUGGUUUAGGAGAUAUAAGCCUUCAGGAACCUGAAGAGGCAGGGGCAAAUGGAUGAAUUGGUCAAGACAAAGAUGCCUCACUCAAGGACUUGGGGGAUGAGGAAGCCUCAACUGAUUCCCCCCUCCUUUGGAAGGUUUAAGAAAGUUGGAAACAAAAGGAAAAACAAAGACUGAGCCAGGAAACAGGAAAGGGAGGGCAGACAGACAGACAGAAUGGAGACAGAAAACAGACCUGCAGCUGCAGUGAAAGCCCCUGUUGCUGAUAUCCAACACUUUUCCGAACUUCAUUCCAGACCCUUCAUGACCUUCUUGCCCCUCCCUGCACCUCACUGCCCCAUCUCCCUUCCAGUCAUCCCAUUAGAUCCUGGAAUCCUAGCUAAGUGUUCUGAGUUCAGUAACAGGCACAGGGGGGUGGGGGGGUGUACAUAGUGCUUGAUGGGGCCCCACAUGCCCACGUGCAGCCGUGAGAGACAGAGCAGCAAACUGGGAGUGCCAUGCAGAAGGAGCUUGGUGUGGGCCACAGUGUUUUGUGGGAG